UGGCAAUCAACGUGGCCAUGACCAAAAUUAUACACUUGUAAUAAAGCAACACAAAAUGGACGAGAGUGGCUUAACGGGGAAGCAAAAAAUCACGCUCCUAUCUGCUUGGGGCCUGCUAAAGCAGGAAAGCCUUCUUCACGGUCGAAAUAUGAUGUUCCUACUGUUCCGCGAGCACCCGCACUUCCUGCCCUACUUCGACUUCAGCGCCGAUCCCGCCGGAUCCAACCUGGCCGAUAACAAAGGCUUCCACCUGCAUGCGCUGAACGUGAUGAACAUGGUAGGUACCCUGGUGGAAUGCGUCAUCAACGAUCCGGAAAUGUUUAGGAAGAAGAUUUUCCACCUAGUCGAAAUCCAUACGGCGCGGGGCGUGACGGCCCUGGACGUUCAGCUGUUCAGCGAGAUAGUAGUCGAUUAUCUGGUGGAAGCGCUGGGUAGGCAGGCGGCCAACUCUCUCGCGGAGGCGUUCGGCAAACUGUUCGAUCAAUUUGCAGAAGCUUUUGCGUAUCAGGACUGAUGGGAUUUAUGGCGGGUAUACAACAAUAAACCGCAUCUCGCCCAGAUGACAACCAUAUUGUGGUGAUUGAUUGUGUGGUAUCAAGUUUCUCGUUGGCGGGGGUCUAACCGCUUGAGCUGCGUUCGGGGUGGGGUAAUGACGUAUUUUG